GAAGAGUUCCCAGUACAGGGGGAUGGAUUGGAUCCCUUAUAAACAUUGUGUUUGGAGGCUCGCCCAGAGCAUUCUCGCUAUACUGCUUCCAAUUAAGUGGACAGGCACUCUCUCUUAAGAUUUUUUUUUAAUGUAGCACUCACACACACGGGUGCUUCCCUCCUCAAAGUUCAUAAUUUCUUUGGUUGGUGUGUUUAGGGAAAAAAGAAGGGAAGCGUUGGGUCUGUUUUUCUUUUCUUUUUUUCUCCUCUCUUCCUUCCCCUCCUCGUCCUGCGCUAGUUGCGAGAGAGUGAGAGAGAGAGAGAGAGAGAGAGAGAGAGAGUGUGUGAUUGAAAGAAGCGUAAGAGUAAGCGUGGAAUUCCCUGGUCUUCCCCUCACAUCUCUUCCUGCCGUGCACGGCAGCUCUUCUCGUGGAUCUCUGUGGUGUCUCUUCUCCGUGGGAUGCAUCGUCAGUAAACGGACGGCACCAUGCUCCAGCUCAGACCCAGACUCAGGCUCCUACCGCUGCUCUACCUCUGCUUCGUCUUCUUCCCCCUUCCAGCCAGCAACCAGACUGCCGGCCACCGAGGAGGAACGGCAGCAGGGGCAGGAAGGAGAGGAGCUGAGCGCAUCAAGGUGCUCUUCACCCCGACCAUCUGCAAGGUGCGCUGCACCCAGGGACGCUGCACCAACUUCUGCGAGCAGGGCAAUGUGACCACCCUCUACAACAGUGAACAGGGGGGCCGGGCUGCGCUGGGACCGGGCUUCAGAGUCUUCCUGUGCCCCAUGUUGUGUCAAAACGGAGGGGUCUGCAUCCAGAAGGAUCGCUGCCUCUGCCCGCCAACCUUCACCGGCAAGUUCUGCCACAUCCCCGUGGCCACGCCCUCCACCAAUGACAUUGAGAAGCCUCCGCGCAUCCCCUCAGUGCUGGCCAGUCAGCAGCUGCUGACCCAGUCGGAAUACAUUCUCCCCCUGCAGAGCCAGCAGCAGAGCCACAGUCAGCCCAGCGGUGCGUCUGGCUCAUCCAUGGUCAAGGUGCGGGUGCAGCACCCCCCAGAGGCCAGCGUGAAGAUCCACCAGGUGCUGAAGGUGGGGUAUGGGCCAGGCACAGUUAGGGAGCAGUCGGAGACGGUCACCUGGUCAGCAGGCCUCUCGGGGGCCAGGACCAGUGUUCUGCCAGGGGAGCGGGCCGAAGCCCCACCACCCAAACCCAGAGUGCAGGCCCAGACCUUCCACGGUGACUCCACCUACACAGAAUCCUCCGGAUUCAAGUACUGCUUCAGGGAGGUCCGCAACGGCCAGUGCAGCUCACCUCUCCCAGGACUCAGGAGUCAGGACACCUGCUGCCGAGGGAUUGGCCUGGCCUGGGGCAUCAACGAGUGUGUCCUAUGUCCUCCUAACACAGGAAAUGGAGUCGAUGGGAGCUGUCCGGCUGGAUUUGAGAGGAUCAACGGCACCCAGUGUGUUGAUGUUAAUGAGUGUUUGCAGCCAGGCUUCUGUGAGAACGGCAACUGUGUGAACACUCGGGGGAGCUACAGUUGUGUCUGCAGGCAAGGAUACAUACUGGACGCCUCUCACGGGAUCUGUAUCUCCCGUAAGGUGAUCUCGGAGGAUAAAGGCCAGUGCUAUCGUAUCCUAAACUCUGGCUCUGGCCGUGGUAGCUGCUCCGUGCCCAUCCUCAGGAACAUCACCAAGCAGAUCUGCUGCUGCAGCCGCGUGGGCAAGGCCUGGGGCAAGAACUGUGAGAGGUGUCCCUACUUUGGGUCAGUUGCUUUCAAGGAGAUCUGCCCAGCAGGGCCUGGCUACCACUACUCUGCCUCUGCCAUCAAGUUCAACCAGAGGGUGGUGGAGCAGCACGGGACUGGAGGUCCCCCUGUCAUAUCCCAGAGCACCCCACAGACCAGGCCACAACAACCAGCCAGUAGUGGUGCACAGACUCCCCAAACUAGUCACCAACAACCUUCAAGCUCAGGCUUUUUCACUCCCCAAACUAGACCCCAACAGCCAGAUGGUAGAGCUCUCAUACCUCAGACCAGGCCCCAGCAGCCAUCGAGUGGAGGCUCCCUGUCCCCCCAGGGCAGACCACAAAUCCCAGCCAUCUCUGUUACAGCAGGACCCACCCGGGUGGUGACAGCUCGAACCCCCACUCAGACCAAACGGCCUCCAGUUGACCAACGGCCAAUAUCUCCAGUGAGACCCGCACAGCCCCUCCCAUCUCCGGUCACGCCCCGCCCACCCAUCCCCAGGCCAGUGCGGGGUGUGUGUGAGACCAUGCCCCAGGUGUGUGGACAGGGCCGCUGUGUGGACCAGCCCGGAGGGAGACAUACCUGCAUCUGUAACGAGGGAUACCAACACAACGCUCAGCAGACUCAUUGUCAAGACAUAGACGAGUGCAGGGCGUCUCCCCCGCCCUGCAGCAGCGGCCGCUGCCAGAACACAGAAGGGGGCUACAGGUGCAGCUGCCCCUCUGGAUACCAGCCGGGACCCCGGGGCACCAGCUGUAUAGAUGUCAAUGAGUGCAUCCAGGCUCCCAGUCCCUGUUCUGUUGGGGAGUGUGAGAAUACACCAGGCCGCUACAGAUGUGUGUGUCCUGCUGGCUUCAGAGCCAACUUCCAACAGACGCAGUGUCAAGAUAUUGACGAGUGUCGUCAGGUUCCGAACCCCUGUAACAACGGCCGCUGUGAGAAUAGCCCUGGUAGCUUCAAGUGUGUCUGCCGCACUGGGUACAAGCUAGAGGGCAACACGUGUAAAGAUGUGGAUGAGUGUGAGGACCCCUUGAAGUGUCCUGGUCAGGCCUGUGUCAACUCUCCAGGAUCAUACAAGUGUGUGUCUUGCCCACCAGGGUUUGGGCUGCUCAACGAACAAUGCCGAGAUGUUGACGAGUGUCGUCAGACCCCCAGCCUUUGCACCAAUGGUCGUUGUGAGAACACUCCCGGGAGCUACAGGUGUGUUUGCCAUACGGGAUACAAACUACAAGGCAAGGCCUGCACAGAUGUGGAUGAGUGUGAGGACCCUUUGAGGUGUCCUGGUCAGGCCUGUGUCAACUCUCAGGGUUCUUACAACUGUGUGUCUUGCAAGCCAGGCUUCAGCAUGAUCAAUGGACAAUGCUCAGAUAUAGAUGAGUGUCGUCAAUCCCCCGGCCCAUGCAACAACGGUCACUGCGAGAACACCCAGGGUAGCUACAGCUGUGCGUGUCUCACUGGCUACAGACUACACGGUGAUACCUGUACAGACGCGGAUGAAUGUGCAGACCCGUCCCAGUGCCCUGGCCAGGAGUGUGUCAACUCCCAGGGCUCAUACAAGUGUGUGUCCUGCAAGCCAGGCUUUGGGCUGAUCGACAGACGCUGCACAGAUGUUGACGAGUGCCUCCACAGCCCCACUCGCUGUGCUAACGGUCGUUGUGAGAACACGGCUGGAAGCUACAAGUGUGCGUGCCGAUCUGGCUUCAGGCUACAGGGCAACACCUGCACAGAUGUCAAUGAAUGUGAGAACGCUCUACAGUGUCCUGGUCAGGAGUGUAUCAACUCUGAGGGCUCCUUCAUAUGUGUGGCCUGUAGCCCAGGCUUUGUGGCUGGAAAUGGACAGUGUACAGAUAUUGAUGAGUGUCGGCAGACCUCCAACCUAUGUGCCAACGGCCUCUGUGAAAACACUCUCGGUAGCUACCGGUGCGUUUGCCGCACCGGGUUCAAACUGCAGGGCAGCGUCUGUAUUGACGUUGAUGAAUGUGCAGACUCCUCACAGUGUCCCGGGCAACGGUGUGUGAAUUCUGAAGGCUCCUACAAGUGUAUCGCCUGCAAAGCUGGCCACAGAAUGCAAGAUGGGUUAUGCGCAGAUGUGGAUGAAUGCCAGAGCCCUGACACCUGUGGUGCAGCGAGGCUGUGUGUGAACACGGACGGCUCCUAUCGCUGUGACUGUCAACCAGGCUACAGAACCACUGGCCUUGGACGCCAAUGUCGAGACGUCAACGAGUGUCUAGAGGGGGAGUACUGCUUCCCCAGGGGAGAGUGUGUGAACACAGAGGGCUCCUACCGCUGUGUGUGUUCCCAGGGUUACACCACCAGCAGCGAUGGGAGCUCCUGCCUAGAUGUGGAUGAGUGUGCCAGGUCAGGCCCGGGGGUGUGCCAGGAUGGGCGCUGUGUCAACACAGAGGGCUCCUACCAGUGCCAGUGCCAAGUGGGAUUCACCACCAACCCAGAGAAGACAGCCUGUCUGGAUGUAGAUGAGUGCUCAGAGGGAGCAGUGUGUCGGACACAGCGCUGUGAGAACACCAUUGGCUCCUACCGCUGUAUCACCUCCUGUGAGCCGGGCUACCGGGUCACCCGCACCGGAGAGUGUGUCGAUAUCAACGAGUGUGCCAAUGAGACCGUAUGCGGGGAGCAUGCGUUCUGCCAGAACCUAAUUGGAACAUACCAGUGCAUGUGUGACCAGGGCUACACAGCCACCAGCGAUGGGAAGGGAUGUGUGGAUGAAAACGAGUGUGAGACGAUGCAGGGCGUGUGUGGUGCGGCGCGUUGUGAGAAUGUGGAUGGCUCCUUCAUGUGUGAGUGUCCAGGAGAGGGGGAAGAGUUUGAUACGCGCUCAGGACAGUGCCUCAGCACGCCCCGACCAGGUCUUCCAGUGUUCUCUGGCGGCUCCUCCUCGUCUUCCUCCACCACCGGCCUCGGUCCCCAGCGUCGGCCCGAUGCGUCCCAGCUGCCCCCUGCCCGGGCUGGCGAGUUGAGGGAGUGUUACUACAACACCGAGGAGCAGAGCUCGUGCAGCGUCCUGGCCCGCAACACCACCCAGCAGGAGUGCUGCUGCACCGUGGGCCAGGGCUGGGGAAUGGGCUGCCAGUUCGACCCCUGUCCUCAGCUAGGCACAGCCGAGCACCAGGCGUUGUGCCCCAGCGGACGAGGAUAUGUGACUGGGCCAGGAGCGUUUAGCUACAAAGAUGUGGAUGAGUGUAAACUGUUCCACCCUGAGGUGUGUAAGAGCGGCGUAUGUGUCAACAACAUCCCUGGCUACUCCUGCUACUGCACCAGUGGCUACUACUAUGACAACGUGUUUCUGGAGUGCAUCGAUGUUGAUGAGUGUGAGGCAGGGGAGGACAGCUGUCCAGGGGGAAUCUGCGUCAACACAUUAGGCUCACACUUCUGUACCUGCGUGCCUCCUCUUGUGUUGGACGACACUCAGCGCAGCUGUGUCAAUUCCACUGGCCUCGCCGUGGAUGAGAAGCUGUCCUUCUGCUGGCAGUAUGUCACACCAGACCUGGUGUGUCAGAGCCCCCUGCUGGGCGGACAGGUCACCUUCACUGAGUGCUGCUGUCUGUAUGGAGAGGGCUGGGGACUGCAGUGUGCUCUGUGUCCUGCCAGAGACUCAGAGGACUAUGAGGCUCGGUGUAACAUCUUCCUGAGGCCCCCAGAGUUUCCUCCCCCCUUCCCUGACCGCUACGGUCCGGACCCAGGGCCAGGUAGAGGAGGAGGAGGGGGGUAUCGCGUGCCCUAUGGACCGGACUCCUUCCCAGACCCCAUCCCCCGCAGGCCUGAGUACCCCCGGCCUGACUAUGACGACUACACACCACCAGGGGGCAGCAGGUCUGGCUUCAGAGGCAGAACACCCAGCACCUUCAGGGUCCCAGAGAGCCCAUACAGACAGCCCUCAGGAUACAUUCCUGAGCGGUACUAUGACGAGGACGACUACGGCCCGCCUGACGCUCCUCCGAGACCUCCCUUCCGCACCCUCCCAGACCCUCGUUCUGAGCUCUCCUUUGGGGCGCGGCCCCCUCUCCCCAUCCCCGAGGGCCUCCCUCUGAGUCUGGCCCCCCUCCCGGACAGUGACCCCUACAGUGAGGAGGAGGAGGAGGAGGGGCCAGAACCCUGGCGUGUGGGACCCCCUUUCCCUGACAGACGGGGGCCAGGCGGAGGCCCAAGGAGAGUCUAUGAGAGACAAUAUGAGCCGUAUGCAGGCCUGAGCACAGAGGACUGUGGGAUACUGCACGGUUGUGAGAACGGCAGGUGUAUCCGUGUGGCGGAGGGAUACACGUGUGACUGCUACGAGGGAUACGAGCUGGACAUGACCUCCAUGGCCUGCAUAGACAUCAAUGAAUGUGAGGAUCCUGACAGCGUAUGUGCGAGCGGCCGAUGCAUCAACACAGACGGCUCCUAUCGCUGUGUGUGUCACCGGGGCUACGUCAUGUCCCGCCGGCCCAACCACUGUGUGGCAGCAUAACACAGCUACUACUUUGAACAUUGUCUUCCCCCACUCAACAGUCCUAUCUGCUACUGGGGAAGUGUCAGGGGCUCACUAAAAUACCUGUCCAAAAAAGCUGAGAGGGUUGUUCUCUGAAGGAAACGUCAACUUACUGACAUCGUGUCUGAGAGAGAUUUGAGUCCAUAGAACUCUGAUAUUAAUACAGUUUGAGUCUUAUACAGCACACACAACUCAUACACAUAACUCAUACAACUCAUACACAUAAGCUCAACUACACACACACACACUUGAGACAGCUAUUUUAAAGCAGGUAAAUAAGUAUGUCCUUUAGCCAUCCUUUCCUUUUAUGUUGAAAUGCAUAGUGGUGAAAAAGAGGUUAAUGUACAUUGUCCAGAAUCCUAACGAUACGAACACGUAUUUAAAGGUAGUAUCCGGCCUAUUGAGAUUGCUCACUUUGAGCUCAAUCAUGAUCAACACACCGUGUUCUGUGCCCAGACCUGAGGCAGACGGGAACCAUUGGGGACAGUGUAGUCUCCAAGGCAAAGAUGACACGCUACUGCCACAGACGAGCAGAGCCUUUGUCUAAGUCAGAAUCUCUGUCUGUGGAUGUUUUGGUAACGAACGCUCUCUUCAGCUGGACUGUACAAAAAAACACAGCAACAUCAUGACAUCGCUGAACCAAAUUUGUAUUCCUCUAAAAUGUCAGUGACUUGUAUUCUCUCCAUUUGUUGAUUUUACAACCCCACUGAUGUUUCUGAUUGCUUCUUGUAUUAAUUUAUGCUGUUCAAAGUGAAAUUACUCUUUGUGUAAUAAUAACUUGUAUUAUUUUAUAGAAGUGUAUAUGCGGAAGAGGAAGCUACACGUCACUGACAUGUUUGUACAUUUAUUUCUUUAGACUUUUUUUUUUUUUUUUUUUUUUUUUACACGAGAAUCGAAUGUACCUUAAAGCUGAUAUAAGAUAGUUGACUUUGUAUUCACAAUUUGAAAUGUUUGUGUGAUCAAUAAACAAAUAGUGAUAACAUACCAUGUAUAUAUUUACAAUUGAGAAAUAACUUCUUCUUUUUUUACCAAAUGAUAUCUGUUUCAGUGAGUAGAACCAUUUCUGUAAAUGUUCCUUCCUGGUGUCGUUUACAAGCUGAAACAAACCCGAAAACAUUUCCUCCUUCCAGCACCUAAAGAUGUAUAACACUAUGCACUGUAUUUGUGGACGACAUAGCCGAUGUGUACUUUUUAUAAACAAUAUUUUUUUGUUGUAAUUUUUUGUAUUUGUUUCUGGUUAACUGUUUUGUCAGUGAUUUAAAAAAAAAAAAAAACUUUAUUGCUAUGAAAACUAUUUGAAAAUAUAUUUGCACACUUUCCAUUUCAA